AUGGCCUAUCCUCCGCGAGAUGCCUUCCAAAUUGGCUGGAUCUGUGCUCUUCCGAUCGAGGCUGCAGCCGCCGCCGAAAUGCUAGAUGAGCACUUUGGGAUUCUCGAGGAGCAAGAUGCAGCGGACUCGAAUACUUACACGUUGGGCCGAAUCGGCAAACAUCACGUCGUGAUCGCCUGCCUCUCUGGGGGCCAGUACGGAACCACCUCUGCCACGGCGGUCGCAAACAACAUGCUUCGAACCUUCUCCAAGUCACUCAGAAUUGGAUUAAUGGUUGGUAUCGGAGGUGGAAUUCCUUCAGCUGCUCAUGAUAUCCGCCUCGGCGAUGUCGUGAUUAGCUACCCCCAAGGCACUUGCGGUGGGGUGAUUCAAUAUGAUACAGGCAAGAUUAUUGCAGAUGGAGAAUUCGAACGAACUGGCUCGUUGAACAGUCCACCGAGGGCAUUAUUAACCGCAGUUGGCACGAUGAGAGCGGCCAUGCUGAGGGAUGACCCCCGCUACCCGGAAUAUCUCCAAAACGCAAUCGGAAGAACCGCUCGAACGCGGAAAAACUUUGGCCGGCCUACUGCACAGUCUGAUCGACUCUUUCAGGCGAACCAUGAUCAUCCUGCCAGUGCGAGGAGCUGUGCUGGAUGUCUAGCGGAGUGGGAACAGACCAGACAUGAACGCGAGGACAAUGAUCCACAGCCGUAUUACGGUAUCAUUGCUUCUGGUAAUAAGGUCAUCAAACACGGGCCGACAAGAGACCAACUUGGUUUGGAUACUGGGGCAUUGUGCUUGGAAAUGGAGGCAGCUGGUCUGAUGUUGGACUUCCCCUGCGUUGUUAUCCGCGGUGUUUGUGAUUAUGCCGACUCGCAUAAGAACAAGGAAUGGCAGGGAUAUGCUGCCCUAGCAGCCGCAGCAUAUACAAAAGGAGCCUGA